AUGCAGCCUCCUGCGCUAUCACCAAAUGCUUCAUACUAUGUGGGUCCAGAGGGGGAGCCCCCUCUGUCACGCACUGGCUUCAUCAUCCUCUCCAUCAUCAUGGCAAUUUUCACCUUUCCAGCCAUCGUACUCAACGCUACAGUGAUCAUUGUGUCCCUCAUGCACAAGCAGCUGAGGCAGCCGCUCAAUUACGCUCUGGUGAACAUGGCUGUGGCUGAUCUGGGCACAGCCAUGACCGGAGGAGUGCUGUCUGUGGUCAACAACGCCCAAGGGUACUUCUCUCUGGGCAGAACAGGCUGUGUGAUGGAGGGCUUUGCAGUGUCCUUGUGUGGCAUCACAUCUCUGUGCACAGUUGCUCUGAUUGCAGUGGAGCGAAUGUUUGUGGUAUGCAAACCUCUGGGACAGAUAACCUUCCAAAAGAAGCAUGCAGUUGGAGGUAUUGCCUUGUCCUGGCUGUGGUCCCUUACCUGGAAUUUACCCCCUCUCUUUGGAUGGGGCAGGUAUGAGCUGGAAGGUGUUAAGACAUCUUGUGCUCCAGACUGGCACAACAGCGACCCCAGUAAUGUCUCCUACAUUGUUGUAUAUUUCGCUGUUUGCUUUGCUAUUCCUCUCGCCUUGAUCCUGGCCUCCUAUGCCAAACUAAUGUGGACAUUGCACCAGGUGUCAAGGAUGGCUUGUGUGGAAGGCGGAGCAGUAGCUAAAGGGGAGAUGAAGGUGGCAACUAUGGUGAUCCUGAUGGUCCUGACAUUCCUGAUCAGCUGGCUGCCUUAUACUGUUCUGGCCUUGUUUGUGGUUGCUAAUCCCAAUGCGGAGAUUCAUCCGCUGGUGGGCACGGUGCCUGUCUACCUGGCCAAGAGCAGCACGGUGUACAAUCCCAUCAUCUACAUCUACCUCAACAAACAGUUCCGUAAAUAUGCUCUGCCCUUCCUGUUAUGUGGGAAAGAGCUGUGGGAGGAGGAUGAGGCAUCAGAGGCAACAACCACAGUGGAGGUGACUAACAAAGUGUCUCCAAGCUGA